AUGUCUAAGGCCCAAUUUUUAAGAGAAUACAAGCUCGUAGUAGUUGGUGGUGGUGGUUCUUCAAUGCCUCUGGCCACUUCUGAUUGCCCUGCAAAUGACAUCGGCAAUGAGAUGGAGAAUUUAGUUUUAAUUUUAUAUCUAUAUCUUC